AGCCCGGAAAAGCUCUGCGCUUUCCCUCCACCGCAGCUUUCGCGAACCUUCGCUCUCCCAAUCUCGACCUCGACGUCUCCCCUCUCUCUCCCCGUAUUUGCAUGGCAGUGAGAUUGCUGGCGAAUGAGAUAUCCGACCUGUGCCUCGGGAAGCCCGCGCUGAGGUGCCUCUCCACCGCCGCCACCGUCGGCGACGCUCUCUCCGCCCUCAGGAAGUCCGGUGACGCCGCCGUUAGCCUGUGGAGCUGCGACGAUCUCCCGCCGAGCGAGGCCACGACCGAUCGCGAGAAAGGCGGAUGCGUGUGCGUGGGCAAGGUGUGCAUUGUGGACAUCGUCUGCUUCCUGUGCAGGGAAGAGAACCUCGCCGAUCCGGCCGCCGCGCUUCGGUCUAAGGUCGAAGCGAUCGUUCCGAAGGUCGCUGGCCUUGUCAGGCACUUGGAGCCCCACGCCAGCUUGUUGGAUGCGAUUGAGCUGAUCCUUGAAGGCGCGCAGAACCUGGUGGUGCCGCUGCGAUCUCGCAGGGGAGCGAUCCCGAGGAAAAACCUCCUCCACCACCAUCGUGAAUACUGUUGGCUCACGCAGGAGGACAUCAUUCGAUACCUCCUCAACUUCAUCAAUCUCUUUGCCCCCACACCGGCCCUUCGGAUAAAUUCUCUCGGCAUCAUCGACACCGAUUCGAUCCUUGCCGUGCACUAUUACGACCCUGCUGCAUCGGCCUUGCGUCUGAUCCCCGAAUCCAACCUCAAGCAAACUGCGGUGGCCAUCGUCGACGACGAAGGCCAGCUGAUCGGCGAGAUCUCGCCAUUGACUCUCAGUUCCUGUGACUUGACUGUAUCAGCUGCUGUUUUGACGCUAUCUGCCGGAGAUCUCAUGGCGUACAUCGAUUGCGGUGGUCCGCCGGAAGGCUUAGUUCGUCUGGUGAAGGAAAGAUUGCAAGAGAAGAACUUGGUCACGUUUUUGGAAUCACUGGAGGAGGAAUUAGCGUUUUCUUUGCCGUCUGCGUCUUCCUCUUCGUCAGAUGAAGAGUUUGGGUGCGUGAGGAAUGGGAGAGUCGGAGGCUACUCCGCGAGGAUGGUGAGGAGGUCAGAGGCCAUCAUGUGUUAUCCGAGCUCUUCGCUCGUCGCAGUGAUGAUUCAGGCGCUUGCGCACAGAGUUAGUUAUGUCUGGGUCGUGGAGGAAGACGGAAGCCUCGCUGGGAUCGUCACCUUCAAGAGCAUGUUGAGGGUCUUCCAUGAACGGCUAAGGUCCAUGAGCUGAAACAGAGCAAGGCGAAAUCCAAGAUUGAUGAACUGAAUCUCUGAUUAAACAGGCUCAUGAACAUGGCAGAGAUUGAAUGCUGGGAAUGUCACAAGUUUUGAGGAUGUGAACUUUAGUCAAAUCUUAAAUCUAUUUCCUGUUUUUCCAAUGAUGGGAACCGACCAUUGAUUGCUGAAGUUAGGGAUGAAAUUCAACUAUUGAGAUUGAUGAUGUGA